AUGGUUCAUGAAACCCCAGUAAAUAUUCAGGAAGAGCUCAUACAAAAGAUAACCGACGCUGCCCUGCACAUACGAUAUAAUUUGACAACUAGAGUAACAAAGACGGAGAUAAGAAGACGCUGCCAAACAUGUAUUCGUAAUGAAGCUAGUAAAAGAAUGUUCUUACUAUGCAUUCAAAAUAACAAACCCGUAGGAUUCAAUCUUUCCGAAAUAAAAGCAUUUUUGAUGUUACGACAUGACAUUCUGAUCAGUGAAAGGCAGUUGAAAAGGUACUUGAAACAACUUAAUUUGUAUCGAAGGAAAAAUUACACAGACCUAACAAUUAUAUCAGACUUCAUUGACCAACAAAUACUUGGUUCAGGUAGUCUGCAUGGAUAUCGAUGGAUGCACCUGAAAUGUUUACAAAAUGGUUUGGUAGUCACAAUGAACACUGUGAGGCGUCUCCUGAAGGAAAAAGACCCAGAAGGAGUUGAACUCCGUUCUAGAAAUAGGCUGAGACGAAGGGCAUAUCAUAAUAAAGGACCAAAUUAUAUGUGGCAUGUUGAUUCUUAUUAUGACAAAUUAAAACCAUAUGGCAUUGCAAUUAAUGGAUGUAUUGGAGAAUUAACGGAUGAUGGAAAUUGUGAAUGGAUUGUUACAUCAUGGUUACAUCCUAGAAGACCUUCAGAAAUAGACCCAGCCACUUUUGAAAUAUGGUCUGAUAUUGAGUUCAAAUGUAGGUUAUGGUUAGAAAAACGAACUUCGUUAAGACAUAACAAACAUCGUGCAGAUAUAGUUGACGCAGCACGUGGAAAUAAUCUUUCCGCCGGGACUGAAGUAGCUGGUAUGCUUAGGAAAUGUCGUGCCAUCAAACUUAGAAUGGGAAAUUCAGAAGCAUGA